AGCAUAGGGCGCCAUAUUUGAUAUUUACAAUUUGAAAUUUUACAGAAAAAUGGAAAGAUUUAUGAUUUAACAAUGUAAAUUGUAACAAGGAAACAUUAAAUUGUGGGAAACAAAUAACAAUGGGACGAGAAAGAAAAGUAAAGACGUACAGUAGACAUCAUGGGAGCAGAGUGGUUACUGUUGAUAAAGAAUUGUGGGAAUCAUCAGGAGAUGAACAACAGAAGCAUUUGUUUAGUUUGAGCUCUUCUAGUAUCAACACAUCAGACGAUAUUAAAAAAGACGGGGUUUUUAAAAAGAACAGCUCAAAUAAGGAAAAUGGAUAUACCAGACAAAAAAGAAGAAUUUUACCAAGAAAGAGAUAUGGAUCAGAAAUGGAUAGUACUGGGAGUACAGGAAAUGAAAGUUUAUUCAAGACUCACAGACCAAAAAGAGCCCUAAGAGAUCGAAGUAAUCUGAGUAAUCAGAAAAGUAAUGCUGUAACAGGAAAAAGAAAAAGACAACCCAAAUCACCUGCAGUUACUAAAACAGUUGUCCAAAAAUCAAAUUUUUCAUGUAAUUUUAGUGAAUUUGAUGAUUAUAGUUUAUGUAUUUCGGGUUCACCACCAAAAGGAACAAAUAAGGAUAAACCAGAACCAAAUCAUAGCUCAAGUAAUCAAACAAAUGUUAAGAGUUCAAACAUUAUUGAAACAAGUACACCAUUAGCUAAACGGACUAGGUCUUAUGUCUCAUUUUCAAAAGAUGAUACAGAUUCUUGUACUGAUAUUUCAUAUAUAGAUGCUAUUGAGGACAGUCCGUCCACCUGCUCAGAAUUAGGAAUAUCUAGUAUGAUAGAUAGUCCGGUUUUAGUGCACUCAGCUAGAAAUUCAAAAUCUGAGAAAGUGACAUCUGAAAAAGAUGAUAAAAUCAGUCCUGUGGUUGAUUGUCAAAUUCAGUUAAAAAAAUUACGAACUAGUCUUUUAUUAAUGCAUAUAUCAGGGCGCAGGGGGAGAAAAUAUUCAAUCAGUAGCAAUUUUGAUCAGUCUGCAAGUCUUUUCAGUAAUAUAUCCGACAUUGAGCAAGAUAAAAAUGAAAAAGAUGAAAGUAUCAAUGAAGAGGUUUCUGAAUAUUUUCCGGAGGAGGAAGAAGAAAGUGAAGAGAGUAAUGAAGAAAAUGAGAAUUUAAGUGAUAUUGAUGAAGAUGAAGAAGAUGAUGAUGAUGAAGAAGAAAGCUCUUCUACUGAUAACACCAGGGAGAAUGAUGAAAAUGGUUCUACCGAUAAUACUAACGAGAACAGUAAAAGCAGAAAUUCUACCCGAUAUAUGCUAAAUGACGACUGUUGUCUCUCAGAAUAUGAUACAGCUCAUUCAACUGCAUCAGAUCACUCUUAUCAUACAGCUCAAGAUACCUCUGGACGACAGAGUUUGGAUGGUGUGUCUUCGUCAUCUUAUAAAAUGUUAAAAACACCUAAUGCUACGCCUGUUCUUCAAAAUAAAAGUAUUGGUAAUUUGAAAUCCCUGAAUGAAUCUCUGAUUGUGAUGCUGACACCAGUAAAAAAGAAAGACCAGCCUAAAGUUGUGAUGUCUCCCAUGUCUAAAGUGUUUCAGAUUUGUCAACAAGAUGAACCAAUGUCUUUCCAGUCAUGUAUACCACCUAGCAUGAUGAAAAUUUGUAAGAAAGUUGGAGAAGGUGUUUAUGGUGAAGUGUUCAGAACACAAAACAGUGGACAAUCUGUUGCUUUGAAGGUUAUACCAAUCGAGGGAGACUUUGAAGUAAACGAUGAACCACAGAAAACAUUUGAAGGCAUGCUUCCAGAAAUUGUCAUAUCAAAGGAACUGAGUUUAUUGAGGACCAGUAAAGAUUCUCAGACAGAUAACUUUUGUGAGGUCAACAGUGUUUCUUGUGUGAAAGGAAAGUAUCCAAGAGAACUGUUAAAGCAAUGGGACAUGUUCCAUACAGAAAAAGAAUCACAGAAUGAUAGACCUGACGUGUUCACAGACCAACAGCUGUUUAUUGUAUUUGAGUUUGCUGAUGGUGGUAAAGAUGUUGAAUCUGCUAAGUUCCACAAUAUAUUUGAAGCAAAAAGUGUUUUAGUUCAAGUUGCCUUCUCCUUGGCUGUUGCAGAAGAAUCGUUACAGUUUGAACACAGAGAUCUACAUUGGGGAAAUGUACUAGUGCAAAAAACAAAGAAAACUCAUUUAAAGUAUAAACUGAUGGGUCAGCUUUAUAAACUAGAAUGUCACAAUAUUCAUGUCAGCAUCAUAGAUUUUACAUUAUCAAGAUUACAUACAGAGGGAGUUACGACAUACAAUGAUUUGUCUACAGAUGACACAUUGUUUGAAGGGACAGGAGAUUAUCAGUUUGAGAUUUACAGAAAAAUGAAGGAAGAAAAUGGGAAUAACUGGGAGAAGUUUAAUCCUAAAUCCAACGUUUGGUGGCUACAUUACUUGACAGAUAAGUUUGUGAAAUGUAAAAGAUAUUCACGGAAUACUAAAGAAGAUCAAAAUAUGUUUAGACAAUUGAGACUUUUUAUGAAAGAUAUUCCUAAUUAUAGUAGUGCUUGUGAACUUGUGACAUGUUCUGAAUUUUUAUAUUCAUAGCAAAGUUAGAGCAUGUAAAAGAAAUGUAAAAAGUUGGUGCUUUUGAAAUAUAUUAUGAUAUUUCUAUGUCUCACCAUUGAAUGUCAGAGCGUAUAUUAUACUGGCAACUUUUUGUGGUCAAAAGUAUUGUGAUCUCCAGUUAAUAUUUAUGGCUACCCUGCUCAAAUACUACAAUACAGUCCUGAGGAAAUUUUGCAAUAACAUUUUAUUGUCCAUUUCUCUGCUGUUAAACACAAUUCAUUUCCAUUCUGUAUUAUUUUUUAAAUGUGUGGAGUAACAAAAUUGCUUGUAGGAUUUAACAUCACGAAAGGUGUGUCACGAAAAAAGAUUGAAACUAUCUCGAAAGUCAUGGUCACAAGUUGGUAAUACACAACAGACCCUACAUACAUUUGUAUUAUUGUAAAACUACUUUUAAAUCAUUUAGUAGUAAUAUCUAAAAUGUUUGUUUGUUGCCAACAUAUAAAAGAAGAAUGCUAAAUGCUGGAAUGUCUGUGUUUAAGGUUAAGUUACAGUAAAUGGGCAAUGUCAGAGAUAUUUCUAGGUAAAAACUAUUACAAAAUGUUGAAAUACAUGAAAUAAGCAUAACAUCAUCGUGUUGUAAGCCAUAAAAUAUUGAUUUUUGAUGUUUUUCACUACCUACUAAGUAACAAAUUGGUUUCAGUGACCAUAUGAUUAUUUUAUAUCAUUAAAAUGGAAAUUCAUGUAUCAACAACAUAUCUAUGGAUUCAUCGCUAAUCAUUAUUAUCAAAUUCAUGUAUUUCAUUUAACUGUACAUGUAAUUCCCAUGUGUAAAAAUUUUCUCACUAUUGAUACAGCGAAAAAAACUCUGAAAUUUAGGAUAUUUGGUUCAAAAGAGGUUUUAGUUAAGUUUUAAUGUAUGAUAUUUUAUUGUCAGAUUCCUGUUUGCCAAAUACUUGUAUGUUCUUACUAUGUAGCGCACAAGUAAAUAAGUCUGUUCAAGUUUUUCGUAUCAACUUCUAGUUAUAGCUUCCUUAUAUUAUUUAUGAAGCUUUGUAUGGAUAAGUUUAAAUGUGUAACACUUUUUCGGGUCCCUGCACAUAUACUUUCGGUUUCCGGGAUAGAAUUAUUUCCUUUCCAUUAAUUAAAAUAUAUGUUGUUUAUUUUAAGGGAGCAAUAACACAGUGUAUUUUGUAAUUAUUGUAUUGUGUAUUACUAAAAUCUUAUCAUGUUGAUUUUGUAAUGAAAUGAUGUAUAAGUUUUUCUUAGUAUGGAUGAAGGUAAAUGAUUGAAAAAAAGAAUGAUAGUCUGAACGAGUGAGGAAAUUAAUGAUAGCUUGCAGGAUUUCAGGAAUGAAUGGUACAUAUUGAAUGAAUGAUAGCUUGUAGGAUUUAAGGAAUGGAUGGUACAUGUAGUAUGAAUGCACAUUUUAGAUCGUACUAUGGUUGACUGUUUACAUUAUGUUUCAAAUUGUACUGAGGAAAUGAAAUGUUUUUAAAAUUCCAAAAUUGAAAUAGUCUGUUACCACAUUUAGAUUUCAAUAGUAAAAAACCCUUGGUUACAGGUGUAAUAUAACUCUUAUAAUUUCAGUGUUUGAAUUUGAUGCUCACUUUUUAUUUAUUAAUUUAUUGUAUUAAAACCAUUUUGAUAAUUAGAUGUCAGUGAAAUUGCCACUUUGUUCAAGCAUAAUAUUAGUAAAUUCAUAUUUUAUUUGAGGUAUAUCAACUUUCAUCAUUUAACUAAGCUCAAGUAAACCUCAGAUUUGAUCAUUUAACAUAAAUUACAUCCUGACCUCAAAUUUAAAGGUUGAAGUUUGAAAAAAAAGACAGAAGUGAUAAUGAACAUUAGUUUCUAGGUUGAAUAUUGAUGCACAAAGCAAAUUCUGAUUGUUUUUUAUACGGUAAUUAUAAGAGUGUGUGUGCAAUUUAGUAUUUGAUAAGGGCUGUUCUCAAAUUAAACACAUGGGAGACACCUUUUUUUAGACCCCCAACCACCCAAUAUAAAAUUUUCAUUUUACUUAUAAUUCUUACAAAAUUCUAAGGACAUUUAAUUAAUUUGAAUAUGACUCUAUUCAUUUUUUGUUAUAACGAUCAAAAUGCACAUAGACAAAUCUACAGUGAUACUAGCUUAAAACAAUAUUUUAUUCCCUCUUCUCAUUAUACAUGUAUAACAAGACUAAAAUGCACUUAAAACAAAAUAAUGGUGACACUUUCUUAAAACACUAUCUUUAUCCCCUCACCAAAUGAAGUUAAGAAGGGAUUAUAGUAUUUAAUAGGGUCAUUGUUUUGACCAUCAAAGUUAAGUUUUGUAUUAAAUGUCAAGAUUAAUACUACAAGUCACCAUUAUAUGGCCCUAAAAUUGCAAAAAUAGUAAACUUAUUCCUUUCAAAAUUGAACAGGGUAAUAUAAUCUGGACAUUAUAGUGCAGCAAGGUGACAUGUAGAAACUUACAUAUUUGACCUAAAAUGGUAAUUUUACGCAUAGUUUUGGGUAAAAAUACAUGUGAGCAACAGCUUUACCCCAAAAGAUAUUUACCCACAUUAACAUCUUAGUAAAAUAUAUGUUGUAGCAAAAUAUCUUUUUGGGUAAAGCUGUUGCUCAUAUUUAAUAUUAUUGACAAUAGGGAUAUUUUGCACUAAAUGUACGAAGUUUGAUGCUCUUAUGCCAAUAUGUUAAUAAUAAAUUAAAAAAUAUAAGCACUGAUGUCUGAGAGACUUAUGCUAUGAGCAUCUGAAGGAUGGGAUUGGGAAGAUUUAUAAUGCUUUUUGAUUUUAAGAGGUAGAAAAAGCAGCCUUAUCAACAAUCUCCUUACCAAACUUAAAUAUUAAAAUAAUAAUUUUUUUUCACAAGAAACUGAUAAAUCCAAAAUUUUAACCUAUCUCAAUAUAAUUUUUUAAAGAUGUGGAGACUGCUAUCCAUCUUUUUAGAUUUCCAUGAAGUUCCAUGAAAUUUUGCCUGUUUUGUUGUCUCAAUCAUAUAAAAUUGGUGCCUAUAUCUCAAUUUUUUGUUAAUUCUAUGAAAUUGUGCUAAAAUUUUGUUAAAUAUGCGUAGGAGUGGAAGUAUAGAUAUUUGUAUUGACUAAACAAGAAUAAACAAAUGACAAUAA